AUGUCGUCUUUGCAGAUAUACAAGGACUCCUUGCUGGUCAUCGGUCGUGCGUUUCAGUGUUCUCGUCCUUUGCUCAAGCCGUACUUCGACACAGAGGUCGACCGUUCGGGCUUCUUCCCAACAACGACUCAACGAGCGACCGGCUUGCUCGGAAGAUCCGCCGGUUGCGUAGAGUUGGCCAUGAACAAAACGUACAUCGAUGUAGCGAACCGUAUCGUUUCAUCAACGUACUCUUACUGGGAUGGCCAAACAAAAGAGACCGUCACCAGCAAGCCCAUCAUAUCCUCCACGGUGGGGUUUCGAGUCAACCCAGGCGGGAAGCAGCAAUGUCUGCACCGGGACGAUAGCGAUUACCAUACCAGGAACGUCGACAUGCCAGCGAUGAUAGGGUGCGUCACUGCGUUGACCAAGACCACGAAAGAGAAUGGAGCGACGAUUGUGAUACCAGGCAGCCAUUUGUGGGGACCAGAGCGAUGUCCGUUGGAUGAAGAGGCAGUCCCGGCAGAGCUGGAGCCAGGCUCCGCUCUCAUCUUUGUAGGCAAUCUGUACCAUGCUGGCGGGGGAAACGGCACCACGGACCAAGCUCGCGAGACUGUCGGCAUCUUCCUCUGCAAGCCAUAUCUGAGACCGGCAGAGAACCAAUUCCUGAUGGUCCCACCAGAGAUAGCAAAGCAUUUGCCACCACAAGCGCAAAGACUCCUGGGUUAUGGUAUAAGUCUACCGUCGGUCGGAUUCGUUGACUACCAGGAUCCCAUGCGGAAACUGUUUGGUGUCGAGGAUGAGGAGACUGUGGACAUGUGA